AUGAUUCAGCUACUGUUUUUGGUUCUCUUUGUAGAAGGUGCGAUCGCGUUCUUACUACUGGUGAAGAUUGGUCCUUUAAGGGAGCUUGUCAUGAAAAGCUUAGACCAGCUUAAAAUGGGGAAAGGUCCUGCUACUGUGAAAACUAUAGCUGGAACUAUGUCUGUGAUCCUCUUGUCGAAUCUUAUGAAUAUUAUCAAGAUCCAGAACAAGGGUGCGAAACUUGGGACAAUGUCUCCUAUGGAUCAGGUUCUCUGGAGAACCCACUUGCUUGAGGCUUCUCUAAUGGGUGUUGUGCUGUUUUUCGGCUUCAUAAUUGACCGGACACACCAUUACCUCGAAAAGCUAAUCACUUUAAGAAGCACUGUCGGGUCAUCAAAAGGAGAACACGAACAACUUAGGAAGGAGAGAAUCGAACUGAAGGAGAAAGAAGAGAAGACAUCCAAGGAAAUUAAGCAGCUGAGAGAGAACCUUUCAUUUGUUUCAGAGAAUCUGAAGAAAAUAGAGAAGGAAGCUAAAGAGAAAGAAACGAAGCUCGAAACAGCCGAAGCCCAUGUUACAGCUCUUCAGAAACAGUCUUCAGAGCUAUUGUUGGAGUAUGACAGAUUGCUAGAAGACAACCAGACUCUCCAAAGCCAGAUUUUGGUUGGAACCAAAAACAUGAAAUGA